CCCCACGCUUGAUAGAUUUUUCCUUUUGUGGGUAUCAGGAACCACUGCUUGUUCUCAUCUUGGUUUUGCUCAAAAUUCGAUUUUUUUUUAUCUUUUGAAUAUUCCAUUAAGACAUAUCUCAGUUUUUGUCUCCCCUGUUUUUGUUUUAAGAAAAUAAAAUAAAAAGAGAGUCCUUUUCAAAGUCUAUCUGUAAAUGGCGAUGCACUCGACUACACCUCUAUGAAAGCUUUUCUAGUGUUUUAAUUCUUCUUCUUUAUUCUCUCUCUCUCUCUCUCUCUCAUUUACAUCUCUCACUUUCAACUCCUUUCUCGUUGAUUGAUACACUCUCUUAAAAGACUUCACACACGACGUUUUAAUUCGACCUGGCUUCUUCUUCUUCUUCUUCUUCAGGUGGAUUCUCUCAUUCUUCAUUCAAGUGGCUUCUGAAGUACCUGAGCUUUGAUUGAUUCUUGAACACACAGAGCUGAAGAAAUUGAUGGUUUCUUAUUCAAGACGCCGAGCUAUAUUAGCUUCGAUGGAUUGAUAGGGCAGCAGCAUUGAUGGGAUUUGAUAGACUAACAGUAAAGGAAAAACAGUGGUUAUUAUGGAUUCACGAGGUGACAGUUCCAGGUUCGGACAUCAGCAGUAUCCGACAAAGCCCUCCAGGAACAUGUCUUCAUCAUCCUCUGCAGCUUUCUUCUCAGCUAACCAAUCUCCCUUCUUCUCCCCAAGAUCUCCCAAACUCCAACAAGAACACUCCGAAUCAACUCGCUCCGAUCCUCAAUGCGACAGCUUCGAUCCCCUCACCUCCAGCUCCGACAUCGUGUUUCAGAAUCUCGAACCUUCGAGCAGCGUGAUCCCAAGAUACGCCAGAGGAGGAGGGCAUGACUCGUCUUCCUACACUCAGACAUCUUCAGUCUCCGUCUCCUACAACAGGGUGAGAUGCUGCGACGUGUUCUUAGGCCUGCACGGUAACAAACCUUCUCUCCUUCGGUUCGCCGAUUGGCUAAGAGCCGAGUUAGAGUUCCAAGGGAUGAGCUGUUUCAUGUCGGACAGAGGAAAGUGCAGAAGCUCGCGUAAACAGAGAAUCAUCGAGAGAGCCAUGGACGGCGCUUCCUUCGGAGUCAUCGUCCUCACCAGAAAGUCUUUCAAAUCCCCUUACGCGAUCGAGGAGCUUCGGUUCUUCUCCGAGAAGAAGAACCUCGUCCCCGUCUUCUUCGAUCUUUCACAAGGAGAAUGUCUCGUCCGCGACAUAGUCGAGAAGAGGGGAGAGGUAUGGGAGAAGCACGGAGGCGAGGUGUGGGAGUGUUACGGAGGGAUCGAGAGAGAGUGGAGAGAAGCCGUUCACGGUCUAUCUCGUGUAGUUGAUGAUUGGAAGCUCGAAGCUCACGAAGGUAACUGGAGAGACUGUGUUUUCAGAGCGGUUACGUUGCUGGCGAUGAGGUUAGGGAGGAGGAGUAUCGUCGAGAGGUUGAGUAGAUGGCGCGAUAAAGCUGAAAAAGAAGAGUUUCCUUAUCCGAGGAACGAUGGUUUCGUCGGGAGGAAGAAGGAGUUGUCAGAGCUGGAGUUCGUUUUGUUCGGAGACGUUGGUAAAGAUUCCGAGAGAGAUUACUUCGAGCUCAAGACAAGGAGGAAGAAUAAGAAGAAGAAGAAUGUGACGUUAGGGUGGAACAACAAGAAAGGGAAAGAGAAAGUCGUGUGGAAAGAGUCUGAUAAAGAGAUCGAGAUGAUGCAAAGCGCCGAGUUAAGACGGAACAACACGAGAAGGAGGAAACGGUCGACGAAAAUCGCUUACGGGAAAGGCGUGGCGUGCGUCUCGGGCGAGUCCGGGAUCGGUAAAACCGAGCUGCUUCUCGAGUUCGCUUACAGGCACCACCAGAGGUACAAGAUGGUGCUUUGGAUAGGCGGCGAGAGCCGUUACAUCAGGCAGAACUAUCUCAACCUCCACCACUACUUGGAGGUCGAUGUCGGCGUUGAGAAUUGUUCCGAUAAGACGAGGAUGAAGAGCUUCGAAGAGCAGGAGGACGCCGCGGUUUCGAGGAUCAGGAAGGAGAUGAUGAGGAACAUACCGUUUUUGGUUGUGAUCGAUAACUUGGAGAGCGAAAAAGACUGGUGGGAUUCGAAGCUGGUGAUGGAUCUUCUUCCGCGGUUCGGGGGAGAGACGCAUAUUUUGUUAUCUACGCGUCUCUCCCGGGUUAUGAACAUGGAGCCGUUGAAGCUCUCUUACUUAUCUGGCGCUGAAGCUAUGGCCUUGAUGCAAGGGAACAGCGUUAAUAAAGACUAUCCUGUCCCUGAAAUGGACGCGUUGAGAGCGAUUGAGGAGAAGCUUGGGAGGUUAACGUUGGGAUUAGCCGUCGUGGGAGCGAUUUUGUCGGAGCUUCCAAUAAACCCUAGCAGGCUUUUGGAUACUAUAAAUAGAAUGCCGUUGAGAGAGAUGUCUGGUGGUCGGGAGGGGAGCUUGUUGAGAAGAAGUGUGUUUCUGUUGCAGCUGUUUGAAGUGUGUUUUUCGAUCUUUGAUCACGCGGAUGGACCGAGGAGUUUGGCUACUAGGAUGGUCGUUGCGGGCGGGUGGUUAGCUCCAGGGGCUGUACCAGCUUCUUUGUUAGCUUUGGCUGCUUAUAAACUCCCUGAGAAACAUAGAGGUCCGAAACGGCUGUGGAGGAGACUGCGACGAGCUAUAACUUGUGGUUUUGCGUCUUCUAAGUCCAAACGAUCAGGAGCUGAAGCUGCUUCUAUGUUGCUUAGAUUCAACAUCGCUAGAACCAGCAGUAUCAAGUUAGGGUUUAUACAGAUACACGAGCUGGUGAAACUCUACGCGAGAAACCGUGUGCUGGUGAAUGAGAAUGCUCCUGCGAUGGUUCGAGCUGUGAUAAGCCGCGGCUCGACGGUUGAAACAGCAGAGCAGAUGUGGGGUGUAUGCUUCUUGCUGUUCGGUUUUGGCAACGAAGCUCCAACCAUCCAGUUAAAGAUAACAGAGCUGCUGUUUCUUGUGAAGCAAGUAAUCUUGCCUCUAGCGAUCAAAACUUUCAUAACGUUUUCUCGUUGCAGCGCUGCGGUUGAGCUGCUUAGAGUCUGCACUAACGCUCUUGAAGCGGCUGACCAAACGCUGGUGACGCCGGUGGAGAAGUGGCUGGACAAGUCUCUUUGUUGGAGACCGGUUCAGACAAGCGCACAGCUAAACCCUGUUCUUUGGGAAGAGCUUGCUCUGACUCGAGCCACUGUGUUGGAGACUAGAGCUAAGCUGAUGUUACGUGGCGGGCAGUUCGGCGUGGCUGAUGAUCUGAUUAGAAAAGCCAUCUUUAUAAGAACUUCGAUCUCAGGAGAGGAUCAUCCUGCGACUGUGUCGGCUCGAGAGACAUUAAGUAAGUUAACGAGACUCUUAUCCAAUGUUCAUCAAAUUCAGAACAGUUCGCCGUGAUAGAUAGAGGUUUCUUAGGGCUGUCUCUUGUUGUAAAAGUUAUAAAAGGUUAGAGUUUCUUGUUUUGUCAUAAUCAUUAUUUUUUUAGCUAUAAGAGUUAGAUUUAUACAGAGGCUUUAGUAAUAAAGAAAACUAUUAGUAUUAUGUAAGAAAAU